AUGGUUACCGAAAACAACGAACUGCCUGUUCCCGAGGAACAAGUCAAUGCUUCCGGCAUUGAGGAUACGACGGAUACCGCUCCGACUGCCGAACCGGCGGUCGAAAAAGAAAGCAAGAACCGGCAAGACGCACCGGCCGACCCGCAGGCUCCGGCCCCGGAAAACGCCGCCGAUCCGGUCGUAGACUUCUCGGACGAAGAGGCGGCCCUGGCGGCCGACGCUCCGGAAUUCGAUCUGGGAGACGAAGAACCUGCGGAAGAAAACGCCGGCGGGGAUCGCGUUUCGGAGACGACGAUCCGCGCAGACGUGGAAGCCAUCAAAAUAGCCUUCUAUAAGAAUUACCGCAACGAGGUGGAUCAGUUGCGCAAGCUGUUCGUCGAAUCGGGCGGCAAUAGCGAAGAUUUCGUUCCGCCCGCAAACGAAGCGGAACAGCAGUUCAAGACGCUAUUCGCCGAAUACCGCGAGAAACGCAAUGAGUUCAUCGCCCGGCUGGACGCUGAAAAAGAAGCCAACUACCAGACCAAACUCCAGAUCAUCGAAGAACUGAAAGAACUGGUCAACAGUAACGAAACGCUCAAUCAGACAUUCAACACGUUCCGCGAACUGCAACAGCGCUGGAAAGAGACAGGGCUCGUACAGCAGUCGGUCAUGAAAGACCUGUGGGAAACUUACAACCUGCACGUCGAGAAUUUCUACAAUUUCAUCAAGAUCAACAAGGAACUGCGCGACCUCGACCUGAAAAAGAAUUACGAAGCCAAAAUCGCCCUGUGCGAAGAGGCGGAAGCGCUGGUGCUGGAGAACUCGGUCAUUACCGCGUUCCACAAAUUACAAAAGCUGCACGAACAGUGGCGCGAAAUAGGCCCUGUGACCAACGAAUACAAGGAACAGUUGUGGGACCGUUUCCGCGAAGCCAGUUCGAAAAUCAACAAACGGCAUCAGGAACAUUUCGACCAACUGAAAGAGGAACAAAAGAAAAACCUCGACCUGAAAACCGAGCUUUGCGUCAAGACCGAGGAACUGGUCACCGCUGCGCCGAUCUCCCGCAAGGAGUGGAACAAAGCCUCGGAACAACUGAUCGAAAUCCAGAAAGUAUGGAAAACGAUCGGUUUCGCCCCGAAAAAAGACAACACCAAAAUUUACGAACGCUUCCGCAACGCAUGCGAUAAAUUUUUCGAAAACAAACGGAAUUUCUAUCUCCAGACGAAAAUGGAGAUGGAAAGCAACCUGCAACUGAAAAACGAAAUAUGCGCUGCAGCCGAAGCCGUUCAGGACAGCGAGGAGUGGAAAAAAGCCACCGACGAACUGAUCGCGCUACAGAAAAGGUGGAAAGAGAUCGGGCCGGUCGCACGCCGCCAUUCGGAUGCGGUGUGGAAACGGUUCCGCACGGCCUGCGACCGUUUUUUCGAGCGCAAGGCGGCCCACUUCGCAACGAUCGACACCCAAUACGAAGAGAACCUGACGAAAAAACGCGCGCUGAUCGAAGAGAUGAAAAACUUCGUCGCGGACGGACAGGAAAAGGCUUUCGACAAACUGAAAGAACUGCAACGCCGUUGGGCCGAAACCGGAUUCGUGCCGAUCCGGCAAAAAGAGGCUAUCCAAAACGAAUGGCGUCAGUUGGUCGAUGCCGCUUUCGCCAAGUUGCGCGGCAAUGAAAAAGAGCGUCAUCUGGAACGCUUCAAAGGCAAAAUCCAAAACCUGGCGGCAGACAACGCCAACGACCGCCGCCUGCGCCACGAACGCGAACGACUGUACAACAAGAUGAAACAACUCGAAGCGGACAUCGCGCUGCUGGAAAACAACAUCGGCUUCUUCUCGAAAAGCAAGAACGCCGAGGCCAUGAUCCGUGACAUAAGCAGGGAGAGUAAAAACAUGGCUGUGAGUAACACGAACAAAACGAAAUUUAUCUUUGUCACCGGAGGCGUCGCCUCUUCGCUGGGAAAGGGGAUUAUCUCCGCAUCCCUCGCGCGGCUGUUGCAAGCCCGGGGCUAUAAAGUAGCGAUCCAGAAGCUGGAUCCGUACAUCAACGUCGAUCCGGGAACGCUGAAUCCCUAUGAACACGGAGAAUGCUACGUCACCGAAGACGGCGCCGAGACCGACCUCGACCUCGGGCACUACGAACGUUUCACGAACAUCCCGACUUCACAGGCCAACAACGUCACCACCGGACGCAUCUACCAGAGCGUUAUCAACAAAGAACGGCGCGGCGAAUUCCUCGGCAAGACCGUGCAGGUCAUCCCGCACAUCACCGACGAAAUCAAACGGCGAAUCAAGUUGCUGAGCGCCAAGAAAAUAUACGACGUUAUCAUCACCGAGAUCGGCGGCACGGUCGGCGACAUCGAAUCGCUGCCGUACAUCGAAGCCGUCCGGCAGCUCCGCUACGAACUGGGAGCGAACAACUCGCUGGUCACCAAGCCGACCCAGCAUUCGGUCAAGCAGUUGCUCGAAAACGGCCUGCAGCCCGACGCGCUGGUACUGCGCACCGAAAAGCACCUGACCAACGACAUCCGGCGCAAAGUGGCGCUGUUUUGCAACGUGGACGUCAAUGCGGUCGUCGAAUCGAUCGACGUACCGACGAUUUACGAAGUGCCGCUGAUGAUGCUGAACCAGAAACUCGAUCUGGUGGUCAAGCAUCCGCAGAAAAAGGUCAACAUCGCGUUGGUCGGCAAAUACACCGAACUGCCUGACGCCUACAAAUCGAUCGUCGAAUCGUUCAUACACGCCGGGGCCGCAAACCAUACGAAGGUGAAACUGCAAUACGUAAAUUCUGAAAAGAUCACCAAAGAGAACAUCGCCGCGCAACUGAAAGGCAUGUGCGGCAUUCUGGUAGCGCCCGGUUCGGGCACCGCGGCAUCGAAGGAAAAAUCGAAGCGCGUAAUCGAAUUCGCCCGCAACGUGCUCGGAUACGCCGAUGCGAAUUCGACCGAGAUGGACAGCACGACGCAUCCGGUGAUCGACCUGAUGGAAGAACAGAAGGGCGUGACCGAAAAAGGCGGCACAAUGCGGCUGGGAGGAUACCCUUGCGCCCUGCAAAAAGGCACGAAAGUCUAUGCGGCAUACGGGAAAGCCGAGAUCGUCGAACGCCAUCGCCACCGUUACGAAUUCAAUAACGACUACCUGGACGAGUUCGUCCAAGCAGGCCUCAAACCGGUCGGCGUAAAUCCGGAUACGAACCUGGUCGAGAUCGUCGAACUGGAAAACCAUCCGUGGUUUAUCGGCGUGCAGUACCACCCCGAAUAUAAAAGUACGGCACUGCACCCGCAUCCGCUUUUUUCGUGGUACAACAGUAAACAGCAGUCGCAGUUCGACGAAGCCAAAACGCUCGUCGAUUCGCUGAACGCCGCCAAUGCGGCAGCCGUUCAGCAAACGCAGAAAGUGGAAAAGAUCACCGUGACGAACUCGCCAGCGGGCGACAGCCUCCGGACGGCGCAAGCCGAACAAGCCCUCGAACGCCACCUCGGGAGCUCUCUUUUUCAAGCGACCAAAGGAACCGAAACUUUCUAUACGGUCGAGAACGACCUGAUGAAAAUCCGCUUUUCGAACAAAGGCGGACGCGUCGCUUCGGUCGAGUUGAAAGAUUACAAAACCUACGGGGACAGCCUCUGGUGCUGGGAUUACUACUUCACCCCCGCCGAGGCGACCGACCUGACUUUCGGGGCAGGGCAGGAGCAAAAGGAAUUCGUCCUGCGGUUGCCGGUGGAUUCGGCCGCCUAUGUGGAUUACGUUUACACGAUCCGCAAGGACAACUACAUGAUCGACUUCGACGUGCGUUUCGUCGAAUGUCGGCCCCAGAACGAAAAAGGGUUCGAAAACGAGAACCGUUACACGACGAUCGCCUAUAAUUACCCGGGCGACGACGGCAUCGAGGAACUCGGCAUCUCCAACGAAACGAAAGAGGAGACGAUCAAUUCCAAGAUCAAAUGGGUGGCAUUCAAGCAGCAGUUCUUCUCGUCGAUCCUGAUCGCCGGAGACGAUUUCCAGAACGGCUCGGUCAAAUUCACGACCUUUGCGCCUACCGCCCGCGAGAUCAAAACGUUCCAUACGCAACUGGCCGUCCCUUAUACGCCGCAGACAGACCAUUACGAUUUCAGUUUCUAUUUCGGCCCGAACAAAUACUCGACGCUGAAAAAAUACGACGACCUGCACCUGCAAAAGUUGGUUCCGCUCGGAGGCUGGAUCAUCGGUUGGGUGAACCGCUGGCUGGUAAUCCCGACGUUCGAUUUCCUGGGUAAAUACAUUUCGAAUUACGGAUUGAUCAUCUUGCUGCUGACGAUCUUCAUCAAAAUCAUCAUCUCGCCGUUGACCUACAAGUCCUACCUUUCGACCGCCAAAAUGCGCCUGCUGAAACCGGAAAUGGACAAGCUCAACGAGAAGUACCCGAAACAGGAAGACGCGAUGAAGAAACAGCAGGCGAUGAUGGCGCUGUACAAAAGUGCCGGAGUCAACCCGAUGGGGGGCUGUAUUCCGAUGCUGAUCCAGUUCCCGAUCCUGAUCGCCAUGUUCCGCUUUUUCCCGGCGUCGAUCGAACUGCGCGGAAAAAUCGUUCUGUGGGCCGACGACCUUUCGUCGUACGACAGCAUCCUGCAUCUGCCAUUCAAACAUUCCGUUCUACGGCGACCAUGUCAGCCUGUUCGCGUUGCUGAUGGCCGUAUCGGUAUUCAUUUCGUCGAAGAUCAAACUACGCGCAGACGGCCGGAGCAGGCCCGCAGAUGGCCGGCAUGA